GCCUCCUCCCGCGGCUUCCGGAGCGGCUCCCGCGCGCCAGAGGCGUCAUGGACAGAAACCCUUCGCCGCCGCCGCUCAGUGGGGACGAGGACAAAGAGGAGGCGGCCGGGGGUGACUGCAUUGGCAGCACCGUGUACAGUAAGCACUGGCUCUUCGGCGUCCUCAGCAGGCUCAUCCAGAUUGUUAGCCCUGAAAACACCAAAUCCAGCUCAGAUGAUGAGGAGCAGCAGAUGGAGCUUGAUGAAGAAAUGGAGAAUGAAAUUUGCAGAGUAUGGGAUAUGUCAAUGGAUGAGGAUGUGGCUUUGUUUCUCCAAGAAUUUAAUGCUCCUGACAUAUUUAUGGGCGUAUUGGCCAAAUCCAGAUGUCCUCGAUUAAGAGAAAUCUGUGUGGGAAUUUUAGGUAAUAUGGCCUGUUUCCAGGAGAUAUGUCUGUCCAUCAGCAGUGAUAAAAAUCUUGGCCAGGUACUAUUGCACUGUUUGUAUGAUUCAGACCCUCCUACUCUGCUGGAAACAAGCAGGUUGUUGCUUACUUGCCUUUCCCAGUCAGAAGUGGCCAGUGUCUGGGUUGAAAGAAUCCGGGAACAUCCAGCUAUUUAUGAUAGCAUGUGCUUCAUCAUGUCAAGUUCAACAAAUGUUGACUUGCUGGUGAAGGUGGGGGAGGUUGUGGACAAGCUCUUUGAUUUGGAUGAGAAGCUAAUGUUGGAAUGGAUUCGCAAUGGGGCUCUUCAGCCUCUGGACCAACCCCAGGAAGAUUCUGAAGAGCAACCCGUGUUCAGAAUUGUGCCCUGUGUACUUGAAGCUGCCAAACAAGUACGUUCUGAAAACCCAGAAGGGCUCGAUGUUUACAUGCAUAUCUUACAACUGCUUACCACAGUGGAUGAUGGAAUUCAAGCAAUUGUACAGAGUCCUGAUACUGGGAAGGACACUUGGAAUUUACUUUUUGACCUGGUCUGCCAUGAAUUUUGCCAGUCUGACGACCCACCCAUCAUACUUCAAGAACAGAAAACAGUGCUAGCCUCUGUUUUUUCAGUGUUGUCUGCCAUCUAUGCUUCACAGGCUGAACAGGAGUAUCUAAAAAUAGAAAAAGUAGAUCUUCCUCUCAUUGACAGCCUGAUUCGUGUCUUGCAAAAUAUGGAACAUUGUCAGAAGAAACCAGAGAACUCAGCAGAAUCUAACACAGAAGAAACGAAAAAGUCUGAUUUAACCCAAGAUGAUUUCCACUUGAAAAUCUUGAAGGAUAUUUCAUGUGAAUUUCUCUCUAAUAUUUUCCAAGUAUUAACAAAGGAGACUGUAGCUCAGGGACUGAAGGAGGGUCAGUUAAGCAAACAGAAGUGUUCCUGUGCCUUUGAAAACCUUCUUCCUUUCUAUAGCCCUGUGGUGGAAGACUUUCUCAAAAUCCUACAUGAAGUUGAUAAGACCCUUGCUGGUAAUCUGGAGGAAAGCUUUCCAAGUUUGAAGGUUCAGACUUAAAAACUCUUGGAAUCCUUCUACCCAAGAAAUAAACUUUAUUUUCCUUGGUGACAGUUGAAUUUGACAAGUGGGAAAUAUUAGACCAUAAUUGUCUGGUAUUAUAGGCAUACGCUUCUCCUCUAGCCUUAGCUCAUUUUGUUUGGCAUUGGAAUCUAGUCUCACUUCUAGAAACUGUCCUCCCCAUCUCCCCCUUUUUGUGUUGGUUAUGCAAUAUUUGUCUUCUUGAGGUAAAGAAAGCAAAAUAUAAGCUUAUCAUUGAGGUUCUUUUUAGAACAUCCGUAGGGUCGGCGAGGAUUAUCUUCAUGCCUCAGCUUCGGCAAUGCCAGAUCCUUAAUCCACUGCGCCAGGCCGGGGAUCACACCCAUGCCACCACAGAGACAACACCGGAUCAUUAACCCACUGUGUCACAGCAGGAACUACAAUAAUUCUUAAUUUGAUUUUUACACAAGAGUUUUGUAUUUGUAUCCACUGUAAGUAUUCAACUGCACUAAUAGAAGACCCUACUAUAAUAGCUUAAUCUGCUAACUUUUAUGUAUCUCAUGCAAUAAGAAGUCCAGAGAUGGGCAGUCCAGCCCUGAUAAGGUGGCUCAGGGACCCUGACUCCUUUCACCUCCAUGUGGUCUGCCAGGCAGACCUUUGUGUUCAUUUUUAUUGUCUCGUGGUUAAGGGAACUAUAAUAUCUCUGGUCCUUUCGUCUACGUUCAGGAAAGAAAAAGGAGAGAGAGGCAAAGGGGGCUUCUCUUAGCAAGUCUUUACCUUUUUAUUUGGAAAGGACAGCCCUCCCUGGCCAGAACCAUGUGGCAUGGCCAUCCCUAACUGCAAGUAUUUGAAAACAAGUACUUUUUUUCUUUCUAGCCUCUACAGGAGAGAAAGGCAAGAGAGGAGGGAGAUGUGAAUGGCUUUUGAGUAACCAGCCCGUGGUGUUUGCUGCAAUAUGUAGACACAUCUGUCCAUUUUAAUUGUAUUGAGUCUGUGCUAGAUUUAUAGUAACAGUCAAAAGCAGUUACUAGUUUAGCUUUGUUACAGUUCAGUGUAUUUUUUAGUGUUUUAUAUAUGAAUAGAGAAAUGCUAACAUGGUGAUGAAAGCACAUUAGCAAAAUUCUCUCUCUUCAGAGAAGAUAGAAUUCCAGUGGUUUAAUGUCAGAAGAUGAUUUGCUUGAGUGACUUUAGAUUUUUAAAAUUAAGAUUGAGGGAGUUUCAUAACUUCUGAUUAUAUACAAACUGUGCUAGGUAUGAUUUCUCUCUCAUACUUUAUCAUUCUUUAUAGUGCUUCCUAAUGAAACAUAUUCAGAGAAUCAACCAGGUAUAUGUAUAGGAAGCACCCAGUUUGCAUUAUUUCAGUUACUGAAAGUGGGCUUUUAAUGGAUUUUAAGAAAAUAUUAGUUAUGAAUUAAAAAGCCAUCUUUUUAUUUUAUUUUUUUAAUUGUAUUCAAUUGUUAUUUUCCUAAUACAUUUUUUUCCUACUGUACAGCAUAGUGACCCAGUUACACAUACAUGUAUACAUUCUUUUUUCUUGAGUUGUCAUGCUCCAUCAUAAGUGAAUAGACAUAGUUCCCAGCAAAAAGCCAGCUUUUUAAACCUCUUUUCUGGUACAUCCUCUUCCCAGUUUAUUGCAGAAUCUUUUGGGCUUUAAAGCAUUGGUCUGGCCUCAUUCCUUGCAUUCUUUCAUUGAAUGACUCUUAGUGAUAGAACAUAGGGGUACCCUGUGUUUUUUAUAAGAGAUGCAUAAUUUCUAGUCUGGAAGUAGUUUUUUAUUUUUUUUGUUUUUUGUCUUUUUAGGACCUCACCCAUGGCAUAUGGAGGUUCCCAGGCUAGGAGUCAAGUUGGAGCUGUAGCUGCUGGCCUACACCACAGCCGCAACCAUGUGGAAUCUGAGCCAUGUCUGCAACCUACGCCACAGCUCAUGGCAAUGCCAGAUCCUUAAUCCACUGAGUGGGCCAGGGAUCGAACCUUCGUCCUCAUGGAUGCUAGUCAUAUUCGUUUCUGCUGAGCCAUGACGGGAACUCCUGGAAGUCGUUUUAAUGUUGAAAGUGUCCCUGCUGAAAAAAAUGAACUAUGAAAGUAAAAUCAUACUGAUUAAACUCUUAAUUGGUAGGUUACUUUAUGUAUGUGUCUUUAAUGACGACCUUAUCCACAGGUUGAACAUGACUUUAACAUGAGCUUUUAAAGCAUCAAUGAAAUCACUCCUACCUGCAGCCAGUACUCAAAUUCCACUUUUGUUAUCUUUUGAUGUUUAAGGUUAAAAUGCAGGUAAAGCCCUUAAGAGUAAUACUCCCAAGUUAUUGUCGUCUUUACCUUGGUGCAUAAAUUCACAUUCUGUUUUCCUGCCUUGGCUUGUAAUUAGUUACCCUGAAUGACUUUGGCAUUUAAGUGGAAAAAAGUUUGAAAGCCACCUCUCUAUAUACUUUUUUUGGAUGAAGCAUAUGUAGAAAUCAAACAUAGAUAUUAAGAAGCAACCUCUGUUUAGGGUUCAGAGAAUCAUUAGUGCCUGAACUUUUUAACAACGUUUUAUAUUCUGCUGGACUGGGCUAUAGUGAUGCUGAUCUGAAUGUUAACUGUGAAUUUGAGUAAAUGGAAGAAAAGGAAUAUUGGGAUUAUAGAUUAUCUUGCCUGUUUUAACUGGUAUUUUUAAAAAACUCAUCAAUAGCCUUAAAAAAAAAAAAAAGAUCCAUUUUAAUUUAGAACUGAGCUUUGUAUUCUCCUUGAACACAUGUUCUCGUUUUACCACUUGGUGACUCUAGUUUCCCCUUUGCUCCUGGGAGAAGUUUGAAGAAGGAGAAAAUAAGGUAAACAGCCCUCUUGACUCAGUCCAUAUCAACAUUUUUCUUUUUAUUAUUGGCAAGAGAUUUAAUCUAAGAACACUUAUUAAAAGUUAUGUAUUUA